CCGUAUAAACGGAAAACGCUUCUUAAAAGUUUCUUUGUUGCCUCGUGCGAUUAAAGCCUUUGAGGAGAUCUGGUCAGGAUGGAGGUUAAUCAUUGCUGUUACAGAAUGUGCAAAAUCAUGUAAACGUGAGACUCAUGUGACGCCUGGUACUGAGCUAGUUACACAUCUCCUUAUCACACUGGGUUUUUGAUGGUCAGACCCCGGGUGAGCGGUGAAUACAGAAAUAUCCGGAGAUACAGACAGAGGAGGUCCCGUGACUAUGGAUGGUCCGGAUAAGUUUCAGUUUGCCAUUGACCGUGGCGGCACCUUCACCGAUGUCUUCGCGCGGUGUCCUGGUGGGAAGGUCCGUGUAAUGAAGUUACUUUCAGAGGACCCAGCAAACUACCAAGAUGCCCCCACUGAGGGCAUCAGACGGAUCUUAGAGGAGGAGACGGCCAUUAAAUUCCCCCGCGACCAACCGCUGGACACGGACCGCAUUGAAUGGAUUCGGAUGGGCACCACGGUGGCCACCAACGCCUUGCUGGAGAGAAAGGGGGAAAGGAUAGCUCUGCUCAUCACACGGGGCUUCCGAGACCUCCUGCAUAUCGGCAACCAGGCGCGGCCCAAAAUCUUUGACCUGGAAAUCCAGAUGCCUGAGGUUUUGUACGAGGAGGUCAUAGAGGUUGAGGAGCGCGUUGUACUGAAACGUGACGGCUGUGGCCUACCCAAGGACCCUUCCAUAAAAACCUUUGUAGGUUCCUCUGGAGAUUCGCUGGAAGUUUGGGAGCCGCUAAAUCUGGAACAUUUGAAACAUGAGUUGCUGGGUGUUCUGUCUCGUGGGAUCCGGAGCCUUGCGGUUGUCCUUAUGCAUUCUUACACGUGGUCAUCACACGAGCGUCAGAUAGGGGAGCUGGCACGCUCCUUGGGGUUUUCCCAUGUAUCCUUGUCUUCGGAGGUGAUGCCAAUGAUUCGCAUGGUGCCCCGAGGCUAUACGGCAUGUGCUGAUGCCUAUCUUACCCCUUGUAUUCAACGGUAUCUAGAUGGGUUCUGCAGUGGCUUUCGUAAUCAGUUGAAGGACUUGCAGGUACUCUUCAUGAGAUCUGACGGAGGCCUGACCCCCAUGCACAGCUUCAGCGGAUCUCGUGCUAUCCUCUCAGGGCCAGCAGGAGGCGUUGUGGGUUACGCCAUCACCACUUAUAAUCAUAAGCAACCGCAGCCUGUCAUUGGCUUUGAUAUGGGAGGAACCUCCACAGAUGUCAGCAGAUAUGCUGGGGAAUACGAACAUGUUUUUGAAGCCACAACAGCUGGAAUCAGCAUCCAAGCCCCACAGCUGGACGUCAACACGGUGGCUGCCGGAGGAGGGUCCAUGCUCUUCUUCAGGUCCGGUCUGUUUGUGGUCGGCCCGGAGUCGGCAGGAGCUCACCCUGGUCCUGCUUGCUACAGAAAAGGGGGACCUCUGACUGUGACAGACGCCAACCUCUGCCUGGGCCGCCUGCUCCCCGAUUACUUCCCUAAAAUUUUCGGCCCCUCGGAAGACCAGCCGCUUGCCCGAGAUGACACCCUGCGCCUGUUUCAAGAGCUUACUGCUGAAAUUAACCGUUUCCAGUCUGGGAGGCCGGGGGUAGGAGCACCACUGAGCGUGGAAGAGGUGGCCAUGGGUUUUAUUAGAGUGGCCAAUGAAGCUAUGUGUCGGCCAAUCAGAUCGCUCACUCAGGCCAAAGGUCACGAUACGUCCCGCCACGUGCUGGCGUGCUUCGGAGGAGCGGGGGGACAACACGCAUGCGCUAUAGCCCGUUCUCUUGGGAUGAAAACGGUGUUUAUCCACAAGUAUGGAGGCGUCUUGUCUGCGUUUGGCAUGGCUCUGGCCAAUGUCGUGCAUGAAGCUCAGGAACCCUGCUCCGUGGCGUACGACGCGGACUCGUUCCCGCUCCUGGAGGAGCGCAUCGCGGCCUUGGAGAGGCAGUGUAUAGAGGCGCUGCAGCGGCAGGGCUUCCACAGGUCUCAGAUCGACACUGAGCCGUUCCUUCAUCUGCGUUACGAGCGAACAGACUGUGCCCUGAUGUGCUCUGCAAAGGGUUACCCGGCCAGCGUGGGCUCCUGCCGCGUGGGUGACUUCCAGGCAGCCUUUAACUCCAGGUAUCUCACAGAGUUUGGCUUCACGAUUCCUUCGAGGGUGAUUGUCGUUGAUGACAUCAGAGUACGCGGGACUGGAAGCACGGGCAUCCGCUGUGAGAGCCGGAUUCAGCCCGGCGGACAGCCUCCCCGGCUCGAGGCGGUCACUAAAUGCUUCUUUGAAGAAGGGUAUAUGGACAGCAAUGUAUAUCUUCUGCAGGACCUCACCUGUGACCACGCCAUCCCUGGCCCGGCUAUUAUUAUCGACAGAAACAGCACCAUCCUGGUGGAGCCCGACUGCAGAGCAUCGGUUACCGAAUACGGAGAUAUUCAGAUCUCGGUGGGCAGCGGGCGUCCGCGAGAAAUCGGGCUGGAGUUGGACACCAUCCAGCUCUCCAUCUUCUCUCAUCGCUUCAUGAGCAUCGCAGAACAAAUGGGUCGUAUCCUUCAGAGAACGGCCAUUUCCACCAAUAUCAAAGAACGUCUGGACUUCUCCUGCGCCCUUUUUGGACCCGACGGUGGCCUGGUCUCUAAUGCCCCUCAUAUACCCGUACAUCUGGGAGCCAUGCAAGAAACCGUCCAGUUCCAGAUCAAAAACCUACAGGAUGACCUGAAAGAAGGCGAUGUGAUACUGAGUAAUCAUCCAUGCGCCGGAGGGAGCCAUCUCCCUGACCUCACCGUGAUCACUCCGGUUUUCCGGCCAGAGGCUCCGCGCCCGGUGUUCUUUGUAGCCUCCCGCGGGCACCAUGCAGAUAUCGGAGGGGUGACCCCUGGCUCUAUGCCCCCCCACUCCAAAUCCCUGCAGGAGGAGGGCGCCGUCUUCACAUCUUUUAAGCUGGUGCAAGGUGGAGAAUUCCAGGAGGAAGCCGUCACCGAAGCUUUGAUGGCUCCAGGACUUAUCCCCGGCAGCAGCGGAACCCGUAAUCUACACGACAACUUAUCCGACCUUCGGGCCCAAGUGGCAGCCAAUCAGAAGGGCAUCCAGCUGGUUAACGAGCUCAUUGAUGCGUACCGGCUGGAGGUUGUGCAGGCGUACAUGGCUCACAUCCAGGCCAACGCAGAGGUGGCGGUGAGGGAGAUGCUGAGAGAGUUUGCCGAGCGCUGGCAGCGUCAGACAGGUGCAUUGGAGGUGGAGUCAGUAGAUCACAUGGACGAUGGGUCACCAAUCAGAUUGAGGGUGCAGAUCAACAAGGAAGAGGGAAGCGCCAUGUUUGAUUUCAGUGGAUCAGGAUACGAGGUCUUCGGGAACUGCAAUGCCCCUCGCGCCAUCACUUUAUCUGCUCUUAUCUACUGCCUUCGGUCCAUGGUGGGCCGGGACAUCCCCCUCAAUCAGGGCUGCCUCGCGCCCAUCAACGUCAUCAUCCCCAAAGGAUCCAUCCUGGAUCCCUCCCCAGACGCGGCCGUGGUCGGCGGCAACGUACUAACGUCGCAGAGGAUCGUAGAUGUCAUCUUCAAGGCUUUUGGCGUCUGUGCAGCAUCACAGGGCUGCAUGAACAACAUUACCUUUGGGAACCAGAAAACUGGUUAUUAUGAAACGGUAGCCGGCGGCGCAGGAGCGGGGCCACGCUGGGAUGGGAGGAGCGGCAUUCAUACCCACAUGACCAACACCCGCAUCACGGACCCAGAGAUACUGGAGAAACGAUACCCCGUGGUUCUGAAGCGUUUUGAGCUGUCCCCCGGUACCGGUGGGGCCGGUCAGUUCUGUGGCGGGGACGGGGUGAUUCGGGAGCUGCUGUUCAGAGAAGAGGUCAUCCUGUCUGUGCUGACGGAACGCAGAGCGUUUAGACCCUACGGACUGCAAGGGGGGUCUCCAGGGGCGCCUGGACUGAACCUUCUGCACCGCAGGGAUGGUAGAACCAUUAACCUGGGAGGGAAGACAUCGGUUCCAAUACAGCCUGGGGACGUCUUCGUUCUUCGCACCCCGGGUGGGGGAGGUUAUGGCAAAUGUGAGGAGAGAGAGAAAGCCCAGACGCCUUCCAAAAAACACAGUCGUAGCUUUGCCGAGAGAGGAAGUGUGUUUGACUACCGAAUGGCUCAGGAGACCGUGUGACCUCAGACCUCGUGUCUGUGUCCUACACAUACGACACGGGCUGUCAGGGAAAAAAGGGACCCGCGAAGUAAGGGCACAAACAAUACCCGUCUCCGAUGUCCGACGUCAAAUCAUGUGGAAGCCAACUGAAACUGUAAAUCCUACAGCUCUACAAAGCAUUCCUCAACUCGGAUUGGCCCAUUGGGCAUACUGGGCAAAUGCCUGGUUGGCUAGGGGCCCAACAGCACCUCCUACAAUUUGUAGAGCGCAGUAGCACCCCUGUGAUUUAUUGGCUGCUGGCCUUAAAGACACAGGGCCAACAUUACUACUCCAGUUCUGUUGAGGACAUGGGUCACAUGCUAAUCAGCCCAACGUCUUUAUUUGAUUAUAAGACAACCCCCCCCCCAAAAUCUGAAUAUUAAUUUAGGAAAAAAAGAAAAA